AUGGCGAGAAAUAAUAAUAAGAAGAAACAAAGAAAUAAGAAGAAUAAGAAUAAAAUGAGUAACUCUCAAGUGGAUUUGAAUGGCUCGACUGAAAAUGUAGUGACUGACGAUAAUAUAGUCGAGGAUAACAGUAACGAUGAUAACAAUACCGAACUCGAAAUGGAGCAACCAAUUGAUAAUAAAAAGGAAGAAGGAGAAGGAGAAGGAGAAGAAGUGGUAGUAGGUGCCAAUCAAGUGAACACAGAUCUUAAUGAUGCUCCUGAAACUGAUUUGAAUGAUCUACCAGUAGAACAUAAAAUGAAUGAUGAGGUUGCAAUGGGGGAUGAAACUGUCAAUGAAAUUAGUAAUGUUCCAGAAAAUGAGAAAAUUGCAAAGGAGGUUGAACAUAAUGUUACAACUGAAACAGAGGACCAUUUUGAAAAGGGGUCGAAUGAAAAUGAGGAGGAAGAAGCAGAAGCAGAAGAAGAAGCAGAAGAAGAAAUAAACAUUCCUGGGUCACCUGUAAUUGAAGAACAAACCACAAAUAUUGAGAAUGGUGCAAUAGAAGAAUCUGUUGAUACUGUAGCUACUACUCCUGCUACUGCUUCAGAAGAUGCAACUGUCGAAAAUAAUAGCACCGAUUUAGUGGAAAAAGAAAGUAUUGCAAUUCAAAAACAAAUAAAUGAAAACUUUCCUGAAGAAGAACCUGAAUUUGGUAUAGAACUUGAUAAUGCAGAAGACAAAGAUAAAGAAGAAGAACAAAUGCAAAAAGAUGUCGCAGAAUCAAUGGACGAUAACACAAUAGAAACUGCCCAACAGAAUGACGGAACAGAAUCUACAAUCACUUCUUCAGUUCCAGUGCUACCUCCAAGACAUGCAAAUACUGAGUCUACAUCGCAAGCUGAACUGGCUCCUCCACCAUUACCUGCAAGACAAUCAUCUGUAGAAGAUAAUGCUUCGCAUGUUUAUAAUACAGAGCCUUUAAAUCAAAAGAGUAUGAUCCUAAAUAGAUUAGAUUUGACGAUAAAAUAUUUAAAGGAUAACGACAGAUUUGUCGAUAAACCAAAAGGAGAUCUAAUAUCGCCACAGAACUUAAAGGAUUCAAUUUGGACCAAUAUAAUAAAUGAUCCCGUUCAAAAUAUACCUAUUUCAGCUGAAACUUUGGAAAAUGAAAUAGUGAAAGGGAUUGACCCAACUUUGCGUCCUUUAUUAUGGAAAUCUCUUACGUUAGGGUAUUGUCGUGAUUGGGAACCAAUAUACAAGGCUCUUGUUGGUAGAACAAGUAUUCAGAAUAAAUAUGCUAUUGUGUCUGAAAUCAAAAACUAUCAAGACUUACAAGAAAAUGAUAUCGAUUCUAUUUACAACGCCAUUUCUGCAUUAGUAUCACUGGAUUCUACAAUCCAACCUACACCCCAAUCAAUAGCAUUGGCAGUGGCAAUAUAUAGGGUAUAUGAAAACGAACUAGAUGCCUUUGAUGUGAUGGUGACAUUGUUAAAAACAUAUGAGGGUGCAGCUUUGUACUCAGAAAACAGUGAGACUCUUGCAAUGUUACUAUAUCAGUUUGAUAGAUUACUGGAAGAAAACUGCCACGAUCUAUAUACGCAUCUGAUCAAGAAGGGGCUUCGCUCUUCAAUGUUUGCCGCUGAUUGGCUCUUAAGCAGUUUUGCAUCGGUACUACCUUUGAAUUAUAUUCCUCAGAUCCUAGAUGUAGUUAUUCUUGAAGGUAUACCGGCUCUGCUGAAGUUUUCAUUAGCUUUAAUGAUGAAGAAUGAAGAUAUCUUGUUACAACUCGAAUUUGAUGAUCUGUUUUUCUACUGUAGGAAAAGACUAUUUGAACCAUACCUAUUAAAGGGUGCUUUAACUGAUGAAAAUGGAACCAUUGCGGAUAAUGAGGAAAAUGAAGAUGCAAAUGAAGAGAGUGAAACAUCUAGUGUUGAACAUACGAGACUUGUUGUAUUAAGAAAUGAUAACUUUGAUAUCCAACAAUUCUUAGUUGACGCGAUCGAGAAGACAAGGAUUACACCAGAAUUAAUAAAUCGUUAUAGUGACGAAUAUGUGGAGAUCCAUAGAAAUGAGCUUGCCCAAGAGGAACAAUUUCAACAGAUGAGAGAUGAAAAUUCUAAAUUACAGAACGAAGUACGUGAAUUAGAGAGGGAUUACACUUCGCUAAAUAGGGAACACGUCACAAUAGCUAACGAGCUAUUACAAAAUGAUAUAAAAAUUGAAGGUGUUACGGAAGCAAAUACGAGGAUGAAAAUGGAAAUUUUACAAUUGAGAAAGCAAUUGGAUACACAGAUACAGAAAAAUAAUAGUAAUAGCAGUGUUCUAGUCCCUAGUGAUAUCCAAAAAGAUUUAGAAAUGACCUUAAAAAAGAAUGGUAAGGUCAUGCAACAAAACUUAAUUUACCAAGAUCGUAUAACUACUCUAGAGAAACUGAUAAGUGACAUAAAGACAGCUACUGCUGAAGGAAUCGAUUAUGAUGCUGCCAAUGGCAUCUCAUCUGGCGCAUUUAAAAGUCCACUUCUCUCUGGUGGAUGGACUGGUUUCAAAAAAGUCUUUAAAUAG